UCACUAAUUGCAUUUGCAAAAUUAUUUGAUCUCAGAGCCUCCACCAACGUCUCUCAAACUCUGCCUGGUUUUUAAGUGGACUUUACUAGCACUCAACUAACUGUGUUUAAGAGAGAUAUUCACACACGUCUACACUCGGCGACGGUCAUAGUACACAUAUCGUCGUUCAUACCGCAGGCAGGCGUAUCUGACAAAAAAAUCAAAUUCGAGUUAACGGAUUCAAAUCAACAAGAAUACAUAUGAUGUUUUGUCCGAAUUGAGUCACACCUUUGCUGCAGUCGAGUUUUAUAAUCCGGAAGAUCCGGACUAUCAUCAAACUUGUGAAGUUAAAAGCUGUAAAGGAGAUGUGUUCAGUUCCUGCUUUCAAUGCUCAAUUUUGCUAGGUUGGAAGCAUUUUGAAGAUGAUACCCUAUCCUGCCAGGACGGACACAGGACAGUACAGAGCAGUGUACUUAGCAAAGAGAAACAGGAAGAGAGGCGCCCUGAAGAUUUUUUUGUAGAAGGUUCCCAGGCAGAAGGUGAUAGGAAAAAAAAGUCAGAGAAGAUAAAAGAAGAAUU